GACAACGUAUCAAAGCCAAUGUAGCCUCAGUUUUUUGGUUUUUUUUUUAUGUAGUUCACGUUCUUUUUUCCUCUUACUCUGCGGCCGGGAAGGGGAAGUGACGUACUUCCGGUGCAAUGGCGGCGCGGUGGAGUUCCAGGUAAUCCUUGCAGACAGAAAAAAGUAAACUGUCAGAGAAUUCAUACCAUUGGUACUUGUUAUUUGGACCAGCUUAAGGAGUCUGAUUGAUAGGAUCAACUGGCAACAGAAAAUGAAAAGUAGUGUGGCACAGAUAAAACAUUCUUCAGGUCAUGACAGAAGGGAAAACAACAGUUCAUAUCAGAGGACCUACUCUCCAGAAGACAGAUAUGCAGAACAAGACAGAUCCCCCCGGGAUAGAGAUUACUUUGAGUACAGCAGGUCCGACAAUGAGCGUUCAAGAAGAGGACGUUCUUAUGAUGGCAGCAUGGAAUCGCGAAAUAGGGACCGAGAUAAACGCAGAGAAAGAGAAAGAGAAAGAGAUGUGGAUCGGAAAAGGUACCGGAAAUCUUCAUCUCCUGGGAGAAGAAGCCCAGAUCCAUCGUUGACCCGAAGUUCCUCUGCUCAGGAUGAGCCUACUGCGAAGAAGAAGAAAGAUGAGCUGGAUCCUCUUCUUACUCGUACUGGCGGAGCGUAUAUUCCUCCUGCAAAGCUCAGGAUGAUGCAAGAACAGAUCACAGAUAAAAACAGCUUAGCAUACCAGAGGAUGAGCUGGGAAGCCCUAAAGAAGUCAAUUAAUGGUCUUAUCAACAAAGUCAACAUUUCUAAUAUAGGUAUUAUUAUUCAAGAACUCCUUCAAGAAAACAUAGUUAGAGGGAGAGGCUUGCUGUCCAGAUCUGUUUUGCAAGCACAGAGUGCUUCUCCAAUCUUCACCCAUGUUUAUGCAGCAUUAGUGGCUAUUAUUAACUCUAAAUUUCCACAAAUAGGAGAAUUAAUCCUCAAGAGGUUAAUUCUUAAUUUUCGGAAGGGCUAUCGAAGAAAUGAUAAGCAACUUUGUCUGACUGCUUCAAAAUUUGUGGCACAUCUUAUUAACCAAAAUGUGGCACAUGAAGUUUUAUGCUUAGAGAUGCUCACUUUGCUCCUGGAAAGACCAACAGAUGAUAGUGUUGAAGUAGCUAUUGGUUUUCUCAAGGAAUGUGGCCUCAAAUUAACACAGGUGUCACCAAGAGGAAUCAAUGCUAUAUUUGAACGCCUUCGAAACAUUCUCCAUGAGUCUGAAAUUGACAAAAGAGUGCAGUACAUGAUUGAAGUGAUGUUUGCUGUAAGGAAAGAUGGGUUCAAGGACCACCCUGUUAUUCUGGAAGGCCUUGACUUGGUGGAAGAAGAUGACCAGUUCACCCAUAUGCUUCCUCUGGAAGAUGACUAUAACCCAGAAGACGUGCUUAAUGUUUUCAAGAUGGACCCUAAUUUUAUGGAAAAUGAAGAGAAGUACAAAGCUAUUAAGAAGGAAAUUCUUGAUGAAGGAGAUAGUGACUCAAACUCAGAUCAAGAUGCUGGAAGUAGUGAAGAGGAGGAGGAGGAGGAAGAGGAAGAAGGGGAAGAAGAUGAAGAAGGACAAAAGGUGACUAUUCAUGACAAAACAGAAAUUAAUCUAGUCUCAUUUCGUCGAACAAUUUAUCUUGCUAUUCAGUCAAGUUUAGAUUUUGAAGAAUGUGCUCACAAAUUACUGAAAAUGGAGUUUCCUGAAAGCCAAACAAAAGAACUCUGCAACAUGAUACUUGAUUGCUGUGCUCAACAAAGAACAUAUGAGAAAUUUUUUGGCUUAUUAGCUGGCCGAUUUUGCAUGCUAAAAAAAGAGUACAUGGAAUCCUUUGAAAGUAUAUUCAAAGAACAGUAUGAUACCAUCCAUCGCUUGGAAACAAACAAGUUGAGAAAUGUUGCUAAGAUGUUUGCUCAUCUUCUAUACACUGAUUCACUUCCAUGGAGUGUUCUUGAAUGUAUAAAGCUGAGUGAAGAAACCACUACGUCCUCCAGUAGAAUUUUUGUUAAAAUAUUUUUCCAAGAACUGUGUGAAUACAUGGGUCUUCCUAAACUUAAUGCAAGAUUAAAAGAUGAAACCCUACAGCCAUUCUUUGAAGGGUUAUUACCCCGAGAUAAUCCCAGAAACACUCGUUUUGCCAUCAACUUUUUCACUUCUAUAGGUCUUGGAGGUUUAACGGAUGAAUUGCGUGAGCAUCUCAAAAACACACCAAAGGUCAUUGUGGCACAGAAACCAGAAAUCGAGCCAGAUAAUUCCUCCCCCUCCUCUUCCUCCUCCGCAUCCUCCUCAGCAGAGUCUGACUCCUCGGCUUCUGGUUCGGACAGCAGUGACAGCAGUUCCGAGUCUUCCAGCGAAGACAGCGACUCCUCAUCCACCAGCAGUCAGAGCUCUGCCUCAGCUAAAGCUAUAAGAAAGAAGGGACAAGGGAACACCAGAAGCAAAGAAGUAGAAAAGUUCACCAGGAAACAACAAAUAAAUGAUAGGAAGCAAGAAGAAAGAAGAUCAGAGCAAAGGCACCAGGAAACACGGACUGAAAGAGAAAGGAGAUCAGAAAAACUCAGAGAUAAAAAUUCAAGGGACCCAAAUUGGAGAGAUCCUAUAACAAAGUACACUUCAGACAGAGGUGUUCCUUCUGAACGAAAUAGUUACAGUAGGGUCAUGAAUGACAGAGAACACGAAAUGCAUCUAGAUUUGGAAAAUGAGUAUGGUGAUCUGAAAAUGAGGAGAGGAGAGAGAAGAAAUUCUUUUUCUGAAAAUGAGCAUAGAUACCGAAAUAAGGACAGUGAAAAUUUUAGAAGAAAAGACAGAUCAAAGUCAAGAGAAAAGAAUAGAAAACAUUCAGACUCUAGAAGCGAUGAAGAUAGGUAUCAGAAUGGUGCCGAGAGGCGACGGGAAAAACCUAGCAGAUCCUCUGAACAAUCCAGAGAAUCAAAGAAAAAUCGGGACCGGCGGAGAGAAAAGUCUCCAACAAAGCAAAAAAAGUAAUCCUACAAAAUUACUGAAACUGAACAUGCCUUAUAUUCUGUUGAAACAAUUUAUUUUUUACAUUGAUUAUCGAACUUUAUAGAGAAUUGUACAAAGUACUGGUUUGUAUUGUACAUUUUAAAAAAUGUUUUCAUUUUAAUAUGGUUUAUAUAAUUGAUACAUCUCAAGGCUCUCCACAUAAAAUUAUUUGAAAAGUUUUCACCAGAGAGGGAUGUAUUUCUGGCAUAUAUUUUGUUAAUAAAAUGAUUGAACACUUA